GCGCGGAGGGGGAUCACAUUGCAGGCGUCGCGCGCGCGGCCUCGCUCGUUGUACUGGUCGGCGCGAGCGUUCACGCUCCUCGUGCCUCUUCUAGACUCUAUAGGUGCCGGUGCGGGGCGUCGGAGGCUCGGAGCGGACCGGCCGUCCGGCCAGAGCUGCCAGCCAGCUAGCCAGCGGCGGCGAGGCGAUAUGGUGGGCGCGGCCCGGGCGUCGUCGGAGGUGAAGGCGGAGGGCUUCCUGCGGGGCGCGUGCGCGGCACUGGCGGCGGCGGCGGCGGCGCUGGUGGGGCUCAGCACGCAGACCGAGACCGUGCUGCUCGUCCAGAAGAAGGCCACCGUCAAGGACGUCCAGGCCCUCUGGGUGCUGGCGAUGUCGGCGGCCGCGGCGGCGGGGUACCACCUGCUGCAGCUGCUCAAGUGCCUCUACCUCGGCCGCGCCGGCGCCGGCGGCGUCAACCCCUGCCGCCGGAGCAGCAGGGCGCUGGCAUGGGCGUGCCUCCUGCUCGACAAGGCGUGCGCGUACACGACGUUCGCGACGACGGUGGCGGCGGCGCAGGCGUGCGUGAUCGCGCUGGGCGGCGCGCACGCGCUGCAGUGGACCAAGCUCUGCAACAUCUACACGCGCUUCUGCGAGCAGGUCGCCGGCAGCCUCGUGCUCGGGAUGCUCGCCGCCGUCGGCACCGCCGUCCUCUCCGCCGUCUCCGCGCGCAACGUCGUCCGCCUCUACCCGCCGCCGCCCUACGCCGCCGGGCACUAGCUCGCUCUGUGCCCACGGCGGCUGCUGGGGCGCGUGGGCUUCUAUGAAGAAUCUGACAAUGGGCCCUGGGAAAGGUGACCUGGGCUGUGAGGAUGGAGAUAAUAGAAUUCUACCUACUUUGGACUGUGUGCUCUCUAAAAACAACUGUAAUUUUAUGGAUUUUGCUUUUGUUGCACUUGAUAUGUUAGUGGAGACAAGAGUGUGUAUGUAUCUGUAUGUAUUUGCAGUAUACUUUCAUAGAUAAUAAUAUGCUACAUUUUACCUGCUGUGCAGCUAAUGGGGGAAGAAAAAACAACUGCUGCCAGCCGUUAAGGGUUUGUAUUUGUAUUGGUGUAGAAUUGUAGUGACAAUAUUACAGUUUGGCUUUGAUAAGGUCAUUCACAUCCCAA